ACCCGAACCGCUGCGCGCGCAGGGGAAGGGGAGGGGGGGCGAGCGCGCGCACCUGCGCUGCGCCCUCGGCCCCUCGCGCCGAGCGGUGGAGGGCGGCCGCUUCAGAGGGACCCUGCGAGCCUCGUCUCCCGUCCUCCGGGAGAGCCCAGGCGGUGCCGCCCGGGGCGCUGCUCUCUCGGGGCGCUGCCCGCAGUGCUGCGUGCGGGCGGUAAAACGGUGUCUUUCCGUUGAAGAACCGGGGUUAAAAUGAAUGAAGAGCCGACGGUCAAUGCGAGCUGGCUGCCUCAGGACCGCGUAGAAGCCAGCUCUACCGAGAAUGCCUCGGGCUCCUCCCUGGUUCCUGUGGUAGAGCCGGAGCCAGAGCUCUGGGUGAACCCCUGGGACAUUGUCCUGUGCACCUCGGGGACCCUUAUCUCCUGCGAGAAUGCCGUGGUGGUGCUUAUCAUUUUCCACAACCCCAGCCUCCGCGCGCCCAUGUUCCUGCUCAUAGGCAGCCUGGCGCUGGCAGACCUCCUGGCGGGGGUCGGACUGAUCGUCAAUUUCGUGUUUGCAUACCUGCUGCGCUCCGAAGCCACCAAACUGGUGACAGUUGGACUGAUUGUCGCCUCUUUCUCCGCGUCCGUUGGCAGCUUGCUGGCCAUCACUGUCGAUCGGUACCUCUCCCUCUAUUACGCUUUGACUUACAAUUCGGAGAGGACUGUCACUUUUACCUAUGUCAUGCUUAUAUUGCUGUGGGGAGCAGCCAUCUGUAUCGGACUGCUGCCCGUGAUGGGCUGGAACUGCCUCAGAGAUGAAUCCACCUGCAGUGUUAUCAGACCGCUCACUAAAAAUAACGCGGCGGUCCUCUCGGUCUCCUUCUUGCUUAUGUUUGCCCUCAUGCUGCAGCUCUACAUUCAGAUCUGUAAAAUCGUGAUGCGCCAUGCCCAUCAGAUUGCCUUGCAGCACCAUUUCCUGGCCACUUCCCACUAUGUGACCACCCGAAAAGGAGUGUCUACUUUGGCCAUUAUUUUGGGGACUUUUGCUGCUUGCUGGAUGCCUUUCACGCUCUAUUCUUUAAUAGCAGAUUACACCUAUCCUUCUAUAUACACCUAUGCCACCCUCCUGCCAGCUACCUACAAUUCCAUCAUCAACCCUGUAAUAUAUGCUUUUAGAAACCAGGAGAUACAGAAAGCGCUGUGGCUCGUCUGCUGUGGCUGCGUUCCUUCUAACCUGUCUCAGAGAGCGAGAUCGCCCAGCGAUGUCUGACUGGUGGCCGGCAGGACGCUCCUUAACACCUUCCUUCCCAGCCAUCCUCGUGACCGUGUCUUUGGUUUAGGUGCAUUCAUUAAGCGGCGUGUGAUGGGUUCCGAUCAGAGCCACAGGACGUGCUGACCUUUUGCAAACCCCAGUGACCAAAAUGAAGCAAGUGGUUUAAAAGGGAGAUUUCCAAAAUCAAAAUAAUUGGUGUUCUUACAGAUUUAUAACGUUGCUCAGGGUCUUUUUGUUAGAUAUUUAUAACCCAGACUUUGCCAUGCUUGCCACGAUUUUACAUUAAGUUUGCUAAUUAAAAAUGGAUUUAAAUAGCAUACCUCAUUUGAAAUUGUUUAUGUGAUUGAGUUCAGCCAUACUGCAUGUUUACAGUCUGUCGUCAGGAUAUGUUUCCUCUCUUAGUUCUUAUUCAAACAGUAGGAAAAAAAAAUAGAAGAAGGAAAAAAAACAGUCCUGCUCCCACAGACCCAUUUUUAUAUCAUCAGAAUGCUCUUCAAAAUAAUGGCCAAUUGUACUGAUCUAUCUAGUAUUCAUUGUGAUAAUCUCGGUGCAAUGAGUUUGCUGUAAGUGAGCAAGUACUUGUAUAGCUUUUAUUUUACAUCUCGGCAUGAAUUAGGUUGAUCAUUAUUUCUAUAGAGUUCCCUGUUCUCUACCGAGUUCUGGCUGGAUAUUGAAACAGAAGGUAGGCUUUGCCUUCCUACUCAGAAGUCAGGCCGCUGUUUUCUCUUAGAUGUGGGACAUCAGGCCUCAUUAUAUGAUUAAUUUUAAGAGAACUCACUGGGGAGUUUCAGAGUUGAUGAAUCAACGUGGUCUCUUCUGACUGCAUUUGUAACAGAGGCAACACUUUGAAGUGUCUUAGACAAGUUUUGUCUUUCCAUAGUGAAAUAUCAAAUGGAAUAACCUAAUAUUUCGGAUCUACGUGAAAUGCUUCCACUUAAGUUUGUUACCAAGUCAAAACGAUUGCCACUUGUUUUCACCAUUCUGCUGUAAUUUAAAAUGUAGAAAUUUAUAAAUCCUCAGAGCGUGUCUGGUUCAUAAUUGUAUGCAACCAGAACUGCAACAUGAAGCAAAAUUUUCUCCCUUUCUGGCAGUUUUGUCCAUUACAGAUUGGGGUGGUUCUCACUGUAUGCAUGUCAGUUCUCUUCAUUAUAAGAUGAUAGUUCUGGUCUAAAAAGCAGAGCUUCCUCUCAUGAAUGGUUAAGUUUAAAAGCUAUUUCUUACUGGAGCCACAUUAGGAUGCAAUAGAAAUAAAACAUUGCUUUCUAAUGUCAAGACUUGAUUGUCAGAGAGGAAAUCUUUCUGGGAGAUUUAUGAAAUUCAAUGUCUAUUCUAACGUCAGUGUAUGGGAGUUUGCAGUACCUCUUGCGCUGGCGUUAAUGGGAGCUCCAUGUGUUAAUGCCCUGACAUCAGUAGGAGGUUAUAUUCCCCUGAACGUCGCAGUCGGCCUACUGUAUUGUUGCUUCAGUAUCUUCAAUUGCAGUUAAAACAAAAAGUCUCAAGUGUAAAUCAGCAAUAUUUACAGUUCAAUGAAAUAAUAUACCUGUGUAGUAUAAAUAGUAGAGACAACUGUGUUGCUGGUCUGGAUUUUUCCAAACGGAACCCGUCCUUUUCACAUGGAUGUUUGGAUGACUGUAGCUUUUUGUGGCAGAGUUUCUGUGACGUUAAGAAUCGUACGCUAUACGCAGUGCUGAAUCUCAAAUGUGAAUGAAUUGUCUACAAACAAGGCUCUGUAGAGGUUUUACGAGCAAUAAUUAAGUUGCGAUGCUGGGUUCAAAUUCCAUUAUCUACCUGCUUCAACCUUCACGAUAUUUGGCUCUUUCUUUGUAAGCUGAUUAGUUUGAUAAUUGCGUGGCAUGGUUUGGUAGGGCUGUGAACUUGCAGCUCCCAUGGCUUCACUAUGACUUACACAUUCUCAGUGCAGUUAGAACGUGGCCCCUACUCUGUGCAGGGUGUUGGUGUUCUUCAUCUGGUUAGGAAUGCUCAUGACAUUCUAGUCAUUGUCAGGUUCCUAUUUUGUUACAGAUCUUUGUAUAAGAAAUAAUCAAGUCAUAAAUAUCCACACUGUGUAUGCGUGCAGUUUUGCAAGUAUGCAAAGUACUGAGAUUAAAUGGCGGUAGAAGGCAUGAACUGAAUAACAUAGAGAGGCUGAAUAUUAUAGAGUGGCUCUUAAGACAACAGAUGAGAUAUGUUAAAGUGAUACGAAGUCUAGCCCCCUCUUUUUGCUGUUUUCUUUUUCUUUUUGUUCCUCUGAAUCAAAUUGCUGAGGAAGUGUGGUGAGGAUGAGCAGCUACAACUGUGACCGUAAUUCAGUCCCUAGGGCAGCUGUUCUGCUGCUUAAGCAGACCUGUUCUCAUCUCCUUGCAUUGCCUUGCAGGCACGAGUGUUUUUCUCUCUGCAACACCUGGGUGGCAGGGAAGCUAGAAAAAAAAACCAGCACAGAGGGAAAUAAUGUCAUCCCCUCUUUCACACUGCUCCUUGUCAUCUUCCUCGCUCCACAGGCUGCUUAAAUCCUCUACGGUUUUCAACAGCGUCAGGGGAGCCGACCUUUUCCUUGUGCCAGAGCAGAGAGAUUUGUGAUUGGAACCUCCUCUCCUCAGGAACAGUUCGAGUCAAAAAGAGGAGAGAAGGAUUAAUUAUAGAAGUUACAAAAAAAGCCAGAACGGCUCACAGGGGCAUGAUUUGCCCUCAUUUGAUGAGUAACUCGUUUACCUUUUACCACAGACAGGUGAGAAACAUGAUUUUGCCUCCUCUGCUGCUGCUGUGAUGUCCAGUGAGGAUGCUGGCUCUUUGAGAAGUGGUCUUAAACUGAGACUAUGCAGAAUAGGCCAGAAAAUCCUUCUGGAAGUCAGUAACCUUGGUUUGUCCAUAGCUGUCAGAUUGAGCUCUGGCAUGGUUUACAGUAGUAGUGAGAUGCUAUUAAAUGCACCUCUGAAUGAGUUCUUGAGAGCAGGGGCCGAGCUGUGGGUACAAAGCCACCUACCUCACUUCUAUAAGAAGAAACGCAUGAAAGACAGCUGCUUUUCAGGCUGUGAAAUUAAGUAGUUUGCUGCUUUUGCGUUAGAGUGUGUAGGCAGUUACAGUGUAGGCCCCAGAUCCUUGGGGUUAGGUGCCAAUAUCCAUCUGAGAUACCUCUGAAACUGGCAGAAAUCUGGACAGCUUGCAGGAAUGUCAUUGUUUUUGUCCUCAUUGAAGCACACCUGUGCAUCAAAAUUCACCAUGCCAGGUACAGUGAAGUAUCUUCAUCAUAAUGUCAACAGAUUCUUUUUAUUAAUGAGUAGUCAUUCAGUUUAAAGAUUUGAAGUUCACUUUUAUUUAUUAACUUAUCUGACCUUGAAGUUAAAUAUGCUGUAGUCAUUUUUGUUAUCUGUUCAACCUCAAAGCCUUUAUUUUAAUUGUAUUAUUUUAACCAUUUCUCCUAGCAGUGAGAAUUCCAGCAAUAAGGGAAAAACAGUUUUAGUAUAACAGCAAUAAAAUCCUCCAUGUUGCAGGUACUAUAAACUGCUGAGUAACCUCAGAGCAAUAGGGAGGAAGCAAUAUAUUCUUUAGAUAAAAAAUAAUUUGCGUAAGGAGAAGUCUUCCUUCAUUAAACAGGUGCUGUAGGACUGACGUGGGACAUUAUUUCUGGUUGGUUUGUGUUACAGUCCUUGAAUUACUGAAUAAGAUUACUCAGCAAUAGCUGCUUAUCUUAGUGUUUGGAUGCUGAAUUCAUGCUGUAUGCAAGAGAGAGCUACGUACUGCAGAGGGGAUUUUUGCUCUUUUCUGUGUUGGAUGUUGAGCUGUACGUUGGUCUCUGGAUAAAUUACUUGUGUUCAGCAUUGCUGAUUGUUACUCAGCCUGUAAAUUCCCAAAUUUGUGGUGCCCAUCAAGGUGGGUAUAUCAAGAUGGAUAUGAUAACUGGUGCUAGCCUGUUCUGAAGGCAGCUUGGUUUUUAAAAGAACAAGAUUAAGGAACCACUAAAGAAUCCCCCCUGCCAGCACCUGGGAUGUUUGGAAGCCGGCUGAAAAAGGCCUGCUGUGGCUGCUGUAUCUUCCUGCCACAGCCAGCCGGUGACAGAAGCAGUUGCAUCCAUCCUUCACAUUCAGGGGACAGCAUUGAAAUUGUCUUGGAGUGACUGAAAUCCCUCCACAAGCAGUAGUGAGUUUUGGCUUAGGCCGGCUGCUGUUCUGUCCCCAAAGAGUUAUUCUUCUGUUGCCUCAUUUUCUUAGGGCAAACGUAGCUUCUGAAAAUAUGGUACCUGUAUUUGUUUCUCUGGAGCACUGAGCAACCUGCACUGUGAUUGAAUAUUAGGAUGAAAUUGCAUCACUAAGAUUCAGACCCCUUAAAUAUUAAGUAAUUACUUUAAGAAUUGGUGUUCUGGAGCAUUCAGAACCCUAUUAAGUGUGGAUCUGCCUUUUAUAUGUACAGUUAAGAAAGAAAAACAGUUGGACAGAGUGGUGACUGUUUAAAAAACACCAACUCUUCUGUUACUUCUGAGAUACUGAGUGGUUCUCUGUCCUUCAAACAGAAGCUAACUGCUACCUGGCAACUGUCCUGAUAACCCUGAGUGCCCACAAGUCAGUUUCAAAGCUUUGCAGCAUGAGGAGAGGGACCAGAGUGGUUGCCAGUACAAAGCAGUCUGACGGAACAGCUCUGUAAACAGAUCAAGUCCUGGGUGCGUGAGAACAGUGCCAGGAGCUGAUGGCUGGCAUUUCAUUGGGUCAUGCUACUGCCAGAAGACAACAUCAGCCGGCCUGUCACUGGAUGCAGCUCCCACAUUAAGAGUUAAGAGUAUUGAGAAUACUCAAGUGCUGCUGGCCAGCUAUUCUGGAAGUGAUAUCAGCGUUAUGCUUCUUGGGGAGGGUGAAGGAUGCAGCAGGACCUGUGGAAGAAAUAAAGGGUAGCAUUAAAUAUCUACAUGCGUUUUCAUGACGUACAGACUUUUCAAAUAAUUUAUAGUGUGCAAUAAACUGAGUCCUAAUAGAGCAAGACAUUGCACGUUAGGAAGAAUCCCUCUGUAACUUGAUUGGGAUUAGGCAGCAGAGUUACUUGAGAGCAUGUGUUGCUCAUAAAAUAAAGGAGUUUUCAGAUAAUGGUGCAUUACUAUAAUUAGGAAAUAAAAAAAAAAAAUCGAAUUUUCUGAUUUUUCUCCUUAGUUUUUUGAAUGCUGAUUUAUAAAGUGGUGUUUAUUCCUCUCUUCCAGUGUCACAUUUAUUUUGGCUUAGUGGUAGUCCAGAGAUGUGCAAUGAAGAAAAAGUAAGACCUCAGAAUCUCUGCUUAUAAAGAAGAAACUAAAAGGAAGGGUUGUGCUUCAUAUGUAAUAGGUAAAAAAUAACACAGGGAAGGUAAAUUAGCGUGCUUACCUCCCUGUCUCUCAGUAAAAUGAUAGGGCUCCCAGUAAACUUGAAAGACUUCUUGGGACCAAGAACUUGCAGAUCCCAUUAAUGGGUCAAAAAUCUCAAUGGUAGCUGCUUUCACAUUUAGGAGGUGAUGAAAAAUGGGGGGAUACAAGUCCUUAUGGCCUGGGGAAUCAGCCAAGUGCUUGGUGCAUGAGCUUGGAUAGGAAGGAUGCUUGAAUGAAAGCAUCCCCUGGGAAGGAAAAGUCAUUUUGCACUAUGCAUCUUGAGCCUUUCAUGACAUACGCAGAGCACCUGAAGGAUGCUACAGAGCUGCUGGUGUGGGGUGUAGUGCAGCAGUCCCUGCGCCCUUGAGACCAGCAUUGCUGUUGUUAUUGCUGAACGGUGUCUGAAGAACAGAAAGGAGGAAAUACAAUCAGAAGUGAAGUGCUCCUCCUUUGAACACACGAACUCCUGAGUUUUAUUCAGAUUAAUAUAGUCUGAAAUGGCUCCACUGCAAAUGAGAAGACUUGUGGAUAAGUAUUGAAAAUACUAGAAAGAGCCAAGAGCAGGUUAUUCUACAGGAAAUCCGCGUUUAUUCCUUUUUUUCUGAGGAGCAUCUGGGCCAGUAACUUUACAGGAGCUGUAUCUUCAAGAACAACUUGCCUUUGUGAUAAAAACCCCUGCACUGAAGUUUCUUCACAAAACUGGUCUGGGUCUUGGAAGGCAGACUACAAGAAGAAACUGUUGCAUAUCUCACUGUUACACAGACUUGUUCUGGAAGAGAAAAAAAUAACAAUGAAGGGAGGUUAGAUGAAGCUGUGUUACAGUUAGGCAGUGCCUCAGUGCCUGGAUGCAAACUAAUUCAGUGCCAUUGAAAGGAUAUGGGCAAAUUUUCCAGGGGAGGUUUUGCACAUGGAUUGAGAAUAAAACUCUCAAUCAAACAUUCCAUCCCAAAUUCCUUGAUUUAACUUUUGAGGAAGUUUUUCUGACCUCCCCACAUCUUUUGUUUUGCACUCUACGUGCAUGAAGGCAAUUUUUACCAAUUCUUGCUGAUGUAAUGAGUAUUGAACAAGAUAUGGUACUAUGGGUUCCCCCCUGGGUUGGGGGGAGACUUUUCUGUCCCAGUACUACAGAAGUGAUUUGUAUAUGCAUGGACUUGUUGGAGGGUUUUGUGGUCCUGAGAAGGGCCACAAAAAUUGAUCCAAGGGAUGGAAUGGCUCCCUGUGAGGACAGGCUGAGAGAGCUGGGGCUGUUCAGCCUGGAGAAGAGAGGGCUCCAGGGAUACCCAAGAGCGGCCUUUCAGUAUAUGAAGGGGAGCUUUAAGAAAGAAGGGGACAGACUCUUCAGUAGGGUCUGUGGUGAUAGAACAAGGGCAGAUGGCUUCAAGCUCAAAGGGAGGGGAUUUAGGUUGGAUAUAAGGAAGAAGUUUUUACAAUGAGGCACUGGCACAGGUUGCCCAGAGAUGUGGUGGAUGCCCCCAUCCGUGGAGAUUUUUAAGAUGCAUCUGGAUCAAGCCCUGGGCAACCUGAUCAAGCUGUGAUGUCCCCUGUUCAUUGCAGGGGAGUUGGACUAGACGACCUUCAAAGGUCCCUUCCAACUCUACAGAUUCUAUGAUUAUCUCUAAAUAAGACAGACCUUUUUAAAAUCCUAGAGCACUUAGAAACAUUUGUUGCACAUUCAAGGGCUUCAUCAAACCAGUAGUGAAGAGUAAUUCAACAGGUGACAAUAGAGUUUCUCUCUUAUAAAACCAGCAGUCCUUUUUAUUUCAGAAACUUGCCUCAUUCUUUUGUGUAAGUACAGUGCUACAUUUUUACAUAAAAGCUCAUAUACAAAGGUUUUUGUAGAUUUCUACUCAAUGGAACCUUUUGAAAGACAAUACACUGAUGAAUUCAUAGCUCUGUACAAACUUCAGAAAUAGAUUUCUUAACUAAGAAGAGUUAGAGAAUCAGUGUUAACCCCAUGAUUUUAUAGUUUAACUCUUUCAAGUAUAUCGGCAGCACUUUUAAAUUAAGCAACUGUGAGCAUUUGCUUCCCACUGAAAAUUUACCUGAUUUACUUUCAGAGGAAAAAAAUGAGUGAGCUGCUCAUUUUCUUUACAUUGGUGAUAAUCCUUUAAAUCAUUUGAUCCCAAAUAUAUGGUAUGCCACGAUGUCUGUGCUCAGACCUGCUCCUGGUUUCUCAUGGACAAAGCAAGUCUAACUGCAUAUGGUGAAGAAUCUGUCCUUUAAAGAUCUACCUUAGAAAAUGAAAUGACCUUAUACUUCUAAGAAAUAGACUCCCACAAAAUAGAUUUGGUUGUAAAAAGAAAAACAUCAGGAAGCAGUUGUUUAGUGCGCAGGUGAUGGAGCACUGGCACAUGCUGCACAGAGGCUGUGGAAUAUCCUCUUUGGAGAUCUUCACGUGGACCUGGGCAUGGGUGCCCUUGCCCUGGUGUCACCUGGCAAGGUGACCUCUGGAGGUCCCUGCCCACCUCCGUCAUUCUGUGUGAUUGUGAAUUCUCAUGUCUUGAAUUUGGAUACCCGUCUUUGGAAUUUACAGGUGUAUUCUACAUGACCACAUCUAGGACAGAGUGCAGGAGGGUUAUUUACCACCGACAUGAGCCUAUAUAGCAGUUAUAUGUUCCUGCAUACCACCUUUCCCUGUCCUCUCUCCCUUUGUCUUUCAUAAAUGCUUUGGAAACAGGACUGCACAGAUCGCAAGUCUAAACAGCAGUCUGCUGAGUCAUCUGACACAGGUGCACAUUUUGCACUGACUGAUGCUAACCUGCAGGGUACUGCAGUAUCUAAAAAUUCUUCUAUAUUUAUUUUUAAAGAGCUCACCAGAUACAUAUGUGCUUCAGAAGCAUUCUGGAAAAAGACGCUGCACUGCAGAACCACAGGGAAGAAUGAGGUUGAAGGGAGCCUCUGGAAUCCAUUUGCUCACAUCCCUGCUCCAACAAGGACACCCAGGGCCAUGCCCAUGUGAUUUUGAAAGGUCCCCAAGGAGGAGAAUCUACAGCCUCUGGGCAGUCUGUGCCAAUGCUCUGUCAUCCACAGUGCUCCUGGUGUUCAGAGGGAACCGCCUGUGUGUCAGCAUGUGUUCAUGGCCUGUGGUCCUGGAACUGGGCACCACUGACAGCGUGGCUCCAACCUCUUGGCACCCUCCCUUCAGGUACUGACAGACAUUGAUGAGAUCCCCCUGCGCCCCCUGUUCUCCAGGCAGAGCCAUCCCUCUCGGCUUUUCCUUGGAGAUCUGUAAAAUUUGGGACUAAGGUGUGGAGCUAUUUAUGCCUUGAUUAAUAUUGAUUCCCACCGAAGUUUCCUUUUACUGCAGCAUGUGCUAAGAUGAAACACAUCGAAAUAAUAGGGAAUUCAACUGCUGAGUUGUUAUUUUGUAGAACACAAAUGAAAGCAGUGUGAGCUGUUCCUCUGGAAACAGAGGUAGCCGUGUCCCUUUUAUGUCCCUGUAGAGUUCAGGGAGUUGUGCUCCAUCCAUGGGUUUUUGCUUUGCUGCUCUUUGGUUCCACUCUGACAGUUUACUCCCUCAGUACAUGAGCCACGCUCAGUCCUUCUUGUGGUGCCUCUGCCCCACAGAGCUCACAACAAAAUGGCACACAGGUACGGCUUUGUUUUCAGUGUUAAUCCUAGGGUCAAAGCAUGCUGCUUUUGGAAGCGAGCUCUGCUCGCAGCAGAGAUCUUUCUGACUGUAUGAAAUAGUGUUCUGCAAUGACAUUUAAACCUAACUUCAUCUCUUUUCUUUUGCAUUUCCCAUUCACUGUAAGCAGAGUCUGCCUUUAGUCUGGGAGGAGGGGAAUAACUCACUAUUGAGGGUGUUAGCAUGCCCUAGCAUGCAGCUUUUUACACAGCUGACCACAGAGCAUGCUGAAGGCGUGGUAGUCUGCUCCUGCACUCAGGCUGGUCCCACAGGUUAACCUGUACAGAAGCAGGAUGUAGUUUUCCAAAGUUUGGAAACAGUGCUUGUAAUUUGUGCCAAUAGCACGGAAUGGGUAUUGCAGCUGAAAAGACAGGUAAAUGGAUUAUGUACACAGCAGAAUAUUCAGGCAGUCUCUAGGGUUACUCGCUUGUGCUUAAAUGCAUUUUCCACUGCAGCCGAUAGCAGUCCCAUGUGUGUAUAGGGGAGGACAAUAUGGACUCUUCUAGGAAAGGGGCUUCCUACUUUUUGUCUAGAAGUAGCCACGUUAGACUUCUAUCCAUUUUUCAUGCCUGCACUUUUUUAGUCUGAAGUCUACCAUUACAUCGUCCUUUUUUGGUCUCGGCUUUAUUGUCACAGCCAAAACCUAUGAAAGUUGAUUGUAAAUGUGUUUACAAAGAAAUUUCAUAGAAUGUUAUAACUGUGCCUCUGAAAUAAAGCUAUAAAACUCUGUAUUUCACUCCAGGCCAUGGAAUUUAGAUUACCCUGGGCUGAUAGAACCACUCAUAGUUUUCUAGGCCUACUACCAAGACCUCUACUUUCUUUCUAUUGCCAAAUACAAUUAGAAAUAACCUAUGGUUUACCAUGUCCAUCUGUGAAUUUUUCAGAGAGAGCUUUUCCUAGGAGACACUGCACAAUUCAUGCAAACUGCUGGUACUCCUGAUUGCUGUGUGGUUUUUUGGAAUUCUUAAAGCUUUCACAAAAGCAGCUGCACAGGGAUUGUUUUCACUCCACAUAUCCCACUAUGAGACAAAUGGCUUUAAAACAAUAAUUUGAAUUCUGUGUGUUGUGCUUUUAUACAAGAACCAGUUACUGGUUUAGUAUGUAGCGGAGUGUGGUGGUUAUUUCUUAUACUAGUUAGGUUUUUUGAUUUAACUGUGGUUGAAGUUUGAACCAUAGCUUGCCAGUAUAUAAAAUCAUUUUAAAGGGAAGCAAAACAUCUUUGCCUCAGUUUCCCUUAAGAUUAAAGCUUUGGAUUGCAACCUACAGAGCUUCUUGUUGUAUACAAGAUAGUCAUUUAAUGCACUUUAUUUAAAAAAAGGCACAAAUUAUUUUGUUAAUAAAUGGUUACAAUUGCACUAUGCUGUAAGCAUCAGUUACAAAAUAUGAACUGUACAGUUUUGUAGUCAACAUUGUAAGUGUUUAGUCAUAAAUGAUUGAAACGAUGACAUAUUUCAGUUCAAUGUUAAUUUUAUAUGUGGUAUAUGUAACUAUAAAUAAAUUUUCCUUUCUAAAAAAAAAGAAUAAUAGAAUGAUUGUCCAUUUAAUUGCAUUUCACAUUUCAAGCAGCAUAACUGUAUUCUUCCAAAAAUACAAAAUUAAGUGUGUUCUAAUGCAAAGAGAUGGCAGAAGAUACUAACUGAACUGGAGGGGGGUAAAUUCAGAUGUGCAAACUUCAGCUGAACUUUUGUUGAUCCCCUGACACCACAGAAGGAAGUAGCAGGAACUCCAGUUUUCUGCACAAAGUCUGAAAGAAGAGCUGAAAGGAAUUCUAGAAUGCAGGGUUGUGCCAAAGCAUCCUUUCAAGUUUACAUUUUAAUUCAAAAUUAAUUAAUUUCUACUUCUUUUCUGUCCCUCUGCCAUUUAUUUUCAUGGUAUGCGCUCAAUUUUUGGUGAAGAAAACUCAGCUGCUGUGUAGAAGAGGAUCUGUAGGGGAUCUACUACAUGGAUGUUUCAGUGUCAGUGAUCACUAACUGGGGUAGACAAGAGUUGAAAGCAACUAUGUUAACUUGAAUUCUUCUUUCAGUUACAUUUGGUCUGAUCUUCUAGUUAAAUAGCUCCAAAUCAGGCUCACAAUCCAUUCUGUGUUUCCAAUGUGAUUCUGACAGACAGGCAAAAAGAAAAUGGUGAACUGUCUCGUUUUCAGAGAAAGAGGGAGAGAAUUCACUUGUGUGUGUGUGUGUUUUGAAUUAUUUUCUUGAGUGGCCAUCUUAUUUUUCAGACACGUACGUUGCUGGAAAGAGCUACAUCUGUAGCUUUAAAGCUGACUAUUCCAUAUCGUAGUCAAUGAAAACUUGGCUUCUGAACUUAUCUAGUGACUGACAGAUGGUCAGGUAAGUAAUGGAGAGUGAGGCUGUACUGCGUAGGUCUGCAGUCCUGCAGCUCAGCUGUAUCUUCUGCCUUCCAAGCUGGAGAAAAUCCCAGUGAUGUUUGCCAUCCCAGACACAGCUCUCCUCUCCUGCUCUCACAUCAGACAUGUGGGCACGAGCUGCUUAGUCUAGAGAAGAAGAAUCAAUGUAACGGAGAAGAGCAAGGGGCAAGCUGGGGUAUACCAGUUUCUCUUUCUGCAGUUAAACUAUAGCCAGUACUACCAAUCAAGCAAUCUACUAAACUGGAAAUUGAAUAAAAAUUAAUGGGAAAAACAAUAUGGAGGGAGGGGAAAUAAACAUUUCAUCUAACAGAGAAGCCACAACAUGUCAUAAACCACAUUACAAUAAAUAUGAAAAAAAAUAUGUAAUACAUUGAUAUCAAAUGUAUUCUGUAAAGGUAGAGGCUUGGUUCUUGAAUGUCUCAUUCUCCUUUGCACAUUUUUCUCUGUCUUUGCUGAUAGAGACAAUGGGAAGAAGAAAGGCUGAAAUUCAACAUAUAAUUAUCAAAUAAAUGCUCUGUAACAACAGCUAUUUAUUAAAAUUCAGCACUGUUAGAAGAGAAGCCAUAAUAUCCAUUUCAAUGAGGUAAAGCUGUAAGGAUGAAUUCUGCUUCUAAUAAAAGCAGCAACUAAAAUGGUGAAUGGCUGGCAGGCAGCUCACAGAUUCUUCUAAGACCCCCAGUAAGGCAUCUAAAAUAAAUGUAUUCUUCCUCUCAAAAAAGGCUGAAAGAAUAACAGAAAGUGUGAGAUUAAGCAAGAGGUUAAGAAAGCUGUCAGAAACAAAAUACCCAAAAUGAAAAGACGUCUGACUAGUUAAAUGGAUAGUCAUAAUAAGGCAAAUCAUAGAAGACUCUGAAGAGCACAACAUGUCAAAGCAUAAAGAAACCACUAAUAAAAACUAUGACAGGCAGGAAGCUUGCCCAGACAGUCUGUGGAUACAGUAAGUACAAAAAAUAAGCAGUCAUAAAAACACUGUGGAGGAAAGUAAAAUUAAUUAUUUGCAUUGAUACUUAUUAAAAGUGACUUAGAAAUCUUCUCAUGUUGGAUACUUUGUUUGCAGAGAGAAGAAUCUGAAGAGUUGACUCUGCUGGGGCAGCAGGAAGAUGGCUCAAAGUUAAGCUUAUUGAGCAGGGUGGAAGAAACACCGGCUGAAAUGGGAGAAAUUGUUCUACAUGACAGAUAACGGUGUAAGAAAGUUAGGUAACACCACAAAGGGUGGCUGGAAUUUACAGGUGGGUAAGGGAAGUUUUGUGGGAUGCAACCAAAUUUUGCAGGUAAUUGAAGGGUGGUGCUGGGAAUCUUUUGGUACUGGAAUCCAGCAGGCCCAACACUGCUUCAGUGAGCAUCUCAAUAGUACUGUAGAAGGGUAAAUUACCUAGGUAACAGUACUGAAACAGUAAUUGGUGUAUACACAUACCAAAAUGGGAACCGGUAUUGAAAAGGUAAUUAGGGUCAGGUUGUCUGGGAGGAGGCUGGGGUUAGGGUUGAAAAAGAUGGUGAAGUAGCAUGAAAAUGGCCAAAACCAUUCACAUCACAUUGCCAGAGCUGUCUGAAGGUCUCCUUGGGCACCACUGUGCAUGACCACAAGUCUAAAGUAGCAGUCUCAAAUGAAAAUCUCAUCAAGAGGGCAAAAUGGCAGUCAAGAUCAAUAAGUCAAAUAAUAGUAAAAACCUGCCAAAUCUUAAUGGUACUCAGCCAGAAUUGUAAAGGGAUUCCUUUUAAAAUAAUGGAAGCAUUAAUGGUGUUAAGGAACUGGAGGAAAUCCUGGCUGCAUCUUUGUAUAGUUCAGGUAACAUCCUUCUCCAUGCAAAGUGAUGCAGCAGCAUCACAAGCUCAGGAAACAGCGCUACUGGUAAGGGUGGUUAGAAUUAAUAGAGAACUGAAGGUAUUGUCAGUGCCUGGUUCACCCAGUAAUCCCAAACUGCCUCCUUUCCUAAUGUAUAGCAUUCUGUGCACUGUGGUUGAAUAUCAGAUAUCAUUGUCAACUGUGUCUGGAGCUAAACAGAGGGAAAGGGCUGAUUUUUUUAUUAUGGCUAUACAACAGAAAACUUUCUUGGCCAAUAAUAGUAAGCAUAUUUAUAAGGAUAAAGUAACUGAAAGCUAUUUAUCCGUCAAGCACAUCAAAUGAUUGCCAUGCUGUAGUAAACAAAAGAAAAUGCUGUUGCAUUAGGCUCACUAGCUGAAAUUAAAGCUAUAGUUCAGUGUUGCCCUUUUUUUUCAAGGAGACUCAGCUGCAGUGUUGCAGAUGCAUGUGCCUGUUCCUACGUUCUUAUGUGUCUGUAGGUCACGUCGGAGGCAGGCUGCUGGCUAGGUGGACAUUUGGACUAAGUAGAGCAUAUCUUCUCUUUUUACUAAAUGAUUAUGAAUGGCUCUAUUUUUAGCAGGAAAUCAGAGAGCACCUACAGCCUCACCAGCAUCCCACAGCCAGAAUUUCAGUAUCUGUUCGAAGUGUGAGGCCUGUGCAGUUAAUGGAUAUUUUACCCUCAUCACUUGAGAACUAUAUAAGAAAUACCAUUGAUCUGUUAUGUAUGUCAAAGACGAUUCCGUUUGCGGAUACUCAGGCUUCUUAAAAGCUUCCAAGUCAUAGCCACCUUUUAAAGUUAUUUUUAAUUGGCCCUAAGUAAAUCUUUGUAGAACUGCUUUUAAAGCCAGCAGCUCAACACCUUCACCCCACAGCGGAAAUAUAUAUAUCUGCCAAAAUGUUAUAUCCCUUUCCUUUGCAUUAAGUUGUGCUAAUUGUAAAGACUGCCUCUCAACUCAGGGGGUUCUUUAUCUGACAACAAAAGGUAUUUUUCUGUACAAGGACACUUUCUUCCCAUUUGUGCCCUAGCAGAACUGGUUUCAUCUUUAUUUUUCAUCAUGACAUACAAGGUCUAAAUCACACUUGACAGAGAGCCUAAAUAAACACGUUUUUAAGAUGCAGUGAAUUUGCCAUCAUCAUCAUUUUGCUCUGUCAAGUUCAGGUGCAUCCUCGUAGGAUUUUAAGUACAAGAAUCAUCAUACUCCAGAUCAUUCCACUUACAGGGCAAGGGAUGCAGAAAGAUGCAGAUAAUGUAGCAAGUUAGGGUAAGAGAGCCUGUCCUCACAACCCCCAGAGUCUCAGGCACUAGAUUGGCCAGUUCAACCCGGUAGAAGAAUAUUUCCUUCCUGUCAUCAAAACGAGUGGUCCGUAAGAUGCCCUGCUCUUGAGAGGGAAGCAAGGGCAGGCAAGCUUCCACACUGCUCCCACUGACCCUCUCCAAGGUCCUGCACUCCCCUCGGUCUCACCCCUGGCUCUGUUCCUCUGUAGAUAUGGCUGAGUUCACUGCUUGGCAAGGUUGCGUGUGGGCCGUGCAGCCAGGGCCACGCAGCAGCAGCAGCUCACCUCUCCGUUUAUGUUUUGGCUGCCUCUGCAGUCUGGUCACUGAAAUAGACUCUAGGAUUUAUUGUCAGUGCUGGAUUCCCAAUCCCUUCAGACAGCUUUCUGGGAGAACUAAUAAAGAAGAUGGUUUUGUUGCUGUGGUUGAUGAUUGGUUUUUAUUUUUAAUUAAGCAGCAUAUUUUCAGUCCCUAUAGCUCUCUGUGCGGAGGCUGGCUUUGUGUUUUGUUUUUUUUUUUUCCUUCUAGGAAGAAGUCACAGAAAAAUAUCACAACCCUUUAGUCCAUUUCAGUCAUCAGGCUCAUUCUGACCAGGUCUAGUCUGCCUUUGGCGAGCCACAGCUUUGCCAAAACAGGCACCAGUGGCAGCGCUUAGCCUUACAUUACUGCAACUCCCUGCAUCUGCUACCACAGUUUUCACAAGCUAGCUUAGGCUGGCCCAAUUUUCACCAGGAACAGCAGCAGCAGCCCUCCUCAGAUGGCAGCAGUAACCUACCUCUGUACCUCACCAUGCAUUUGCUAAACUUGGUCUUCUCUGCUAGCAGAAGGGGAGCCCAGAGAGGAGCACUAGGGUGCUGGUUGCUGCUCGUGUGGAGAGGCUGAUCUCUCACUUGUGAUGCCAGCUAGUGAGCAGGUGUAGAAACAGACACUUAUCUGUCUAGGAUGUGUUCGCUGCUCAAACUCCUGUGAUGGAUCACCUGGACAGUGAUCAGUGGACAUGUCAUAAGCCAGACUUGUCCCAUGGAUGUGCAGCUUGGCAGUGGUGGUGGAAGCACAUACACAGCAGAGCCACAGCAGCUGUUUGAUUUCCAGCUCACGUCGGCUUGGUGUUUUCUUCACAUUUACACUUAAUUUCUCUUACCAGGGAAUGUAUUCUUCUCCAGAGAUGAGACAAAGCAUUUGUCAGAACCCAGUAGCUCUCUCUAUUCUGUUCAGCAUCUUUCUGCUUCCUCUUGAUUCUAUUAAAGGCUCUUUUAAUGAACACACAUUAAACAUACACAUCUCUCUCCAGAGAUCUAAGCAGUGGAAUCUCCAUCUUUUCCUCUGCUUCACAAAGUGAUGCGACACUUUGUUUUAGUCAAGUUAAAAACAGAACAAAGUGCUGCUGUUUUCCUUUCAGUCAUCUCACCUUCAGCAGUGAUUUGCAAGAAGACUGUUGCUUUUUCCUCCACGUAGAAGUUAUUUUUUACACCAUUUAAAUGACAGCUUAAUCAUACGAUAAAGGACUUCCCCAAGCGCAGGUCUUUUCCAUGUGUCAAAAUAUCCAUGGAUUCCAUAUUUAACAUCAGACAGAAUUGUGCUGCAGCAGUAGGCAAAGCUUCCCUGAUUAUUGUAUCACUGUGGAGAGCCCUUCCUUCUGGAAAGCUGUUCUGAGAUAAAAGUCAGCAGGGCACUGAUCCUCACAGCAGAAACCAGCAGGAAAAACCCAUAGCAGCAGCCACGUACCUUGAAGGAUGUCAGUGCACAUGGAAAGGUGAGGCCGUAUGCAGAACAGUUCAGGCCAUUUUUGACAAAGUAGUGAUAUUUUUUUCAGAGAUGAGGAAUCCUUGGCAAGCACGUGUAAAACACUUCACAGCAGGUGGCAACAUGAGCAGAUAGAGGUACAAGCACACAGGAAACACAAGUAUCUGCUGCUCGUCCUUCCUGCUUCCCUGCCCCAGUGCUCGCUGUGAGAAAGUGGCAGGUAAGAAAGAUUAGCUCACUCUGUGCGUUUGUGGGAUGAAUGCCUGACAGAAAUUAAUACAGUGAGUUUAACAUCUUUCUUUUUUAAAGUUUUGAACGAUUUCCACUCCUGCAAAAGGUAGGUUCCACCACAUUGCUUUUAUGUCUCCCUGUCCACACCUUAUAUCAUCUAGAAGAGCACACCAUCCCAUGCUAGCUUUAAAGAUUAAAAUGACCAUGGCCACCCUUCAGGAUGGUAUCAACUUUUUGUUGAUGCAGAGGCAAAUGCCAGUAAUGUGAAAGGCUUCCAGUAACAGACUGUGGGAAAGAAACUGAUGCUUUGUGAGUUCUGUGGGGCUUUGGGAUCUGGGCACUCUCUUCCAUUGCAUGCUGCAGACAUGUCUUCAGUCCCAGCUAGCAGAAAUCCAACCGGAGAUGCAGCAGCUGGGAGCUUCUGGAUCAGGUUAAAGGCUGUAAGAAGUGUAUGGUUUGCUUGACCUCUUAAUUAAUAUGAAAGUUACAGAAAGCCUCAUGGUUAGUAGGGUUUUGCUAACACAGAUGAGGAAUGGCUUUGUUUUGUUCCUGGUAGAGACAGAGCCCAAGAGGUUUUUUUGCAAUCAGCAUCAAUUGGUUCCACAGCAGCAGAGAGAAUAUUUCCUGCAGAAAGGUCAAGGGCCAUUUGCAGCUUUCCAAGUCAAAAACAAUCCUUAAAACUCCAUCUAAAAACCACCUAGCAGCUGUGUAGAGCCCCGUGACUACCCUGGGUUGUAGCAGGUAUGAGAAACAGAACUAGAAACAAAAUCCUGCUCAGGAGAGCAUAUGGGUUUGUUGCUGAUGAAGAAACCAGAAGCCCAGUGCUUGACCUCAGGUUGGUUUUGGCUCAGAGAAAUUCCACUGCCAUUAAGACACCAAGUGUGCAAGUAGAAGAGCAUGACUGCACCCAGACACGCACAUCAUCACAGACUUUUAGGACGUGGCAUUUCAGAAAUAAACAGGGUAAUGAGCCAGGUUGUGUAUUUUGUGAGAGCCUGUCCUCUCAACAGUGAACAUUAUAAAAGACUUUAGGAAACAACCUCUGGCUCUGCUUUCCCUCUUGUUCUCCAUCAGGAGCAGCUUGUGAGGUAUGGAGAUGACACAUGAGAUGCCUGUGAGGUGGUUGGGAAGAAGGCAGCUUGGACCAGCCUAGAGGAAGGAUUUUAUCUUGAUGUGUGUGCGUGGAGCUGUAGGGAGGGCGGACAGACUGUGAGAAGGGGAUACAAUCCCCUAGGUGCUGUUACCCUGAGACAACAUCCCACCAGCAUAUAACACAAAUUUAGUAACAGAGGGGAGCUAAGUAAACGCUUUUAGAAUUCCAUAAAAUGGAAUGGAAAAGGUAGGAACAGGCUGCCCGGGGCAGUGGCGGAAUCUCCAUGCUUGGAGAUAUUUAAGAGAGAUGUAGACAUGGUACUAAUAGACAUGGGGCAGUGAUGGGAAUCAGCAGAUCAGACUGAAGAUUGGACUUAGUGAUCUUGAAAGUCUUUUCCAACACAAAUUCAAAAAGCAGUGAUAUCUGUGAACGGCAGCUCUGCCCUCCAGCAUACCUGCCCCUCCCAGUUUGGUGUCAUCUGUGAGCUUACAUGGAUCCUGUCCCACCACUCAAGUCUCUGAUGAAAAUGUUAGGCAGUAUUGGCCCAUGUAUCAGCCUGUGAAGAACAGCUCUUGUCAUUAGCUACAAUUAGCUACCAGCUGGACUUCAAAUCAAAUGACCCUUCAUGCCUGACAGCCUUCCAGACUGCAAGUCCACUCAUUCUCUCACGCCUUCCUUGAGUACCCAGUGAAACCAUGCUGGAAGUCUUGCCAAAGACAAGGUUAUGAGCCCCACUGCUCUCCCUUACUCCACCGCAGAGGUAGCUGUGACCUUGCCAAAGCUGUGCUGGCUGUUGCAGUUGCCUUCUGUAGUUCCCUGUAUUUGCCCUUUUUGAAGAUGGGCAUAAAACUUUUACUUACCCCAACCGGCAGCAGCCACAGAGGACACCUCCAUUUGGGUCUGUGCAUUGGUGCUCAAUGACAGACACACUUUGGGGACCUAAGGCUCGAUAACUAUAGCCAAUUUGUCUUAAGUCCUUGAAUGGGAUGAUUUUGCCUUUUUUUUUCUCUGUACACUGAGAUGAGAAUAGUGCUGAACAUUGCCACCCAAUCUGUUCUCAUGCUUGUAAAAGUGUUUUUCUCAUCAGAAAGAGCCUAAUAAAGAACAUUUAUGGGCAGGGGGAGGAUUAAGAACACAAGCUAUUUCGCUUAUUCAAUGAAAGCUAGAAAGUGACAUGAGUAUAGCGUGUUAGGAAUACCAUAUGGAAUGAACUGGAGAUCUGAGGAGCCCCUGAAUAAAAAAAGAUGAUGUAAGAUGAGCUAAUGGAUGGAAGCUGAAGCAAGUUCAGUCUCCUUCAACACCCAGAUAUGUAAGCAUUGGGUGACAGUCCCCAGGAAACAUGGGUUCCCAUAGCUGAUGAUGGGAUGGCUUUGGCCAUUGGGCUGUGUAGAGGAAUAAAUGCAUGUAAAAUAAAAGAGCUUUUAAAAUACUGGUGGUCUGACUUCAUAGUUUAAUGGCUUCUUACUAUGAGACAAUGACAUCAGUGCCUCCACAGGCUAAAUACAAUGGGCCCCCAGCCUUUUACUUUUUCCAUUUACAUAUGAUGCUCUUUGUAAUUUUAAGUAUUAAAAAAGAUUUACCAUGGGGCACAAGCUUUGGAAAUAAUGUUAUUUUAAAUUAGACCAAGGUCUUCCUUGGCACACAAUGUGUUUAUGUCCUACCAGAGGCAGAAAUAGCCUUUCAAAUAUAAAAAUAACACUUGAGUCUCUGUCUCUGCAACAGAUAGACCAAAACAGGUAGAAAGACAGCAUUACAAGUGUGUCCUUUGAGAAACCACAUGGCUCACAGUCGUGCAGCUCCAGCCCAAGCUGUAGGUGUUCUUGAUGUCCUCCAGGUCAGAUCAUCUAAAGCAGUCAAGGCAGGAUACUGUCUCUGCAGGGAAUUUGGCAUGAUAUACCCUGGUCCUCACCUUAGAAUCUAAUGUAGAUAACUUGUAUUCAAUGCAAAUUUUAAAACUGUAUCUAUUAACCAUGAUUUCCCAGUCCAUUGAAAAUCACUUAGUGGUCUCAGACUGUUGAUAGGGACUGACCCACAAUUGCUCUAACAUUUGGCACUUCUAUUCACAGUGCCGGACUGGAAAAGAGCUGAGUGCAUGUAAGUGACGUAACUGAGGCACAGGCAGAAGGCACGAUUCCUGGAUAAAGCAUGGCUUUCACAGAAUCACAAUCACAGAAUCAUUAAGGUUGGAGAAGACCUCUAAGGUCACCUAAUCCAACCAUCUCCAGGACUGCCAAAAUGGCAACUUCAUAAGACCGAAUACACAGGGAAGGAAAAGAAAAGAUAAACAAAGCAAACAUCCCGUACACUGCUAGCAUUGAUGAGCAGGUAUUGAUGUUUAUGAAAUAACGUUUCUAUAGCAUCCAGUGUUUUGCUGAACUAUUAUAUAUUCCCUAAUACUAUUUUCUACAUCAUCUCCAGCAUCUCUGACAUUGUAUCUUUAAAAAUAAUUUUGCUGAAAUAAUAGAAUGCAAUAGUGGGAGCCCACACUUUACAGAAAUUCCUCCUUAUCCAUUUGACAGUGCACCCAAAUGCCCAGGUAACUGAAGCAGCAGCGUGCUUUCGUGUCCUGGAUAACUGCACAAACCACUUGCUUGGAAGCCUGUUCACAAACUGCUUUUUAAUCUGGUUUUAUGCUUUUGUCCUCUUGCCCUUUUUGAAAAGUGGUGCUUAAGGAAAUUAUGUGACCUGUAUCAGGUUGCUUACAUCAGCUCCAGAGAAUAAGAGCCUGAGCCCUGGGCUCUCUGACCUUGGCUGCACUACUGGCUGCCAAAACCCCGUCAGUUUGGUAGAGGGCACACACUGGGAGGAAACAGAAAGUCACACCUGAAGCAGUGUGCUUACAUCACUCUCUGAAUUCACAUGGAAAUGAAGGUGGGUGGAAAUUUCUAUUAAUGAGGAGUGCAUUACACAAUCCCUGAAAGUCUUGUUAAUGGAGUUCUUUUUCAGGUUCAUUCUAAAAUCGAUCUACUGAAACUACUGAAAUUACUGGUGAGCUAGGAACAGCCAGUAUAUUGCUAGGGAUGUGUCAGGUACACACUGAAUGGUAAGCAUGUGUAUGUGAGCUCACACAGCACCCAGCACUGCACAGCUGCUCAUGAGAGAAAUCAGAUCCUCACUGGAAGCUCAUGAAAAUGCAGCAAAGUGUGUGCACUCCUGACGACAUCAGAUCCUAAGAUUCAUCUUUGGGAAAAUAAGGUAGGACAGAAUGAUGAACAGUCUGCUGCAUUUCUUGCCAUUCAUUCACGUGAGCUUUUUACGUUUAGAUCACUUCAAGAAUCAUAGAGUCACAGAAUCACCAAGGUUGAAAAAGACCUCCAAGAUCAUCUAAUCCAACCAUCCACCUACCACCAGUAUUUCCCUACUAAACCAUAUCCCUCAGUAUAACAUCUCCACGUUUCCUGAGCACCUCCAGGGCAGUUAAUCCACCACCACCCUGAGCAGCCCAUUCCGGCACCUGACCACUCUUCUGGAGAAGUAAUUUUUCCUAAUGUUUGAUCUGAAUCUCCCUUCACACAAUUUGAGGCCAUUCCCUCAUCCUAUUGCUGUUACGUGGGAGAAGAGGCUGACCCCCACCUCACCACACUCUCCCUUCAGGCAGUUGUACAGAGCGAUAAGGUCUCCCCUGAGUCUCCUCUUCUCCAGACUGAACAAUCCCAGCUCCCUCAGCUGUUUCCCAUCAGACUUGUGCUUCAGACUCCUCACAGCUCUAUUGCCCUUCUCUGGACACACUCCAAGGCCUUGAUGUCUGGUGGGGUUUUGGUGGCCAGUAGUGCAGCCAAGAUCAGAGAGCUCCAGGGCCCAAAACUGAACAUGGUACUCGAGGUGCGGCCUCACCACAGCUGAGUACAGAGGUGAUCACCUCCCCGUUGCUGCUGGCUGCACUACUGCUGAUUGUAUAAUCCAGACUGGGUGCUUCAACAGAAUUGUGUGUAGGUAAACUGAAGUAAAUUACCUUGAAAGAAAUCAUUUGUUGAAAUAACUAAUUAAAUUGGAUGCAUCUUCAAAAAAAAAAAAAAAAAGUUAUUUUUCACAUUUUAUUUGCCUAGAUAGGGCACCACCAAAGAAAUCAAAGGACUUCUGCAUGAGAGCAUGAGAAAUUAAGAAACAAGGAGUAUAAGAUGGGAUUUGAGGGAACCGGGCUUGUUUAGCUUGGGGAAGAGAAGGCUCCAGGGAGACCUCAUUGCGGCCUUCCAGUGCUUGAAGGGAGCGUAUAAAUAGGAGGGGGAAUGACUUUAUGAGGGUGGAUAGUGAUAGGACAAGGGGGAAUGGUUUUAAACUGAGACAGGGGAGGUUUAGGUUAGAUAUUAGGAGGAAGUUUUUUACCCAGAGGGUGGUGACGCACUGGAACAGGUUGCCCAAGGAGGCUGUGGAUGCCCCAUCCCUGGAGGCAUUCAAGGCCAGGCUGGAUGUGGCUCUGGGCAGCCUGGUCUGGUGGUUGGCGACCCUGCACAUAGUAGGGAGGUUGAAACUCAAAGAUCAUUGUGGUCCUUUUCAACCCAGGCCAUUCUAUGAAGAUAUAAGCCUUUAAAUGCUGCACUAGAGAGUAGCUUUGCUGAAGAAACACUGAUUGUACACUUCUGCUGCAUGUGCAGAAGCUGCACUAAGAUGGUUGUCAGCCAAGUUGGCUCAAUAUUCAUUUCUGUACUCCCAGAUACUCUGUAGAGAAAACCUUGGCCCACAAAAGUCAUAGUUUUGAAUAAUUCUCUUGAAAAUCAAUGUAUGUACUCAGAAAAAGGUAAUUCAUCCAGCUAUUAAGACAGCCUGCCUGAAGAUCUUUUCAGAAUUUCAUCAUGCAUACAGGACUGCCAUCAGAACGAGAAGCCCAGCUUGAUGUUCCUUACAAGGUGAGCUAGUGGACAAAGCACAGCAACCCGUGGCUGUCUUCUGCUCAGACUCACACCUGAAGAAAUGGGCUCCGUUCCUGGUUCCCAGCACCUUUCCCAAGAACAACUCAGACUUGCAGAACAGCAUGCAGAGACCCAGCCAGGAGUGCAGACGUCCUGGCGCACUGUGCUCCCUGCGCUCUGCUCCUCUGACUCACCAUGAACUGCACAGCAUACGGUUUUAUGUACCAACUGUGGGUGUUCAGUCAAUCUUAAUUGUAUCUCAUGUUGUGACAAGCUCUUGGAAAGAGACAUUGUUCUGAUGGAAAUGUUUUCUUUCAUUGUCACCUUUCUCUUCUGCUCAAGAUCAAAGCAAAUUGUAGAAAAAUAGAGCCUGAAGAACAGAGCUGUGGAGGCAGAUUGUUACCCGGCUCCUGCCAGCUCAGAGGGAAGAACAACAGAAUGAAGAGAGAGCAGUUUCCUUCCCAGACACAGCGCAGACCAUUGCUGGGGUUUCACUAUGGACAGAUCCAGGCCAGAGGGAAGCUGUGCUGGGAAUGGCACCGUACGCUUUGUGUAUGCACUGACAACACAGCCUUUGUUGAAAUCACUUCUUUUAAUCUAAACCCAUUCGCUGCUUCAUAUCUUUGCAGCGUAACACUUAGUGCAGUUCAGAUCUCUCUGCUCGUGGGAGGGCAAUAAAAAGUGGCCAAGGCUUCUGUUCAGGUAGCAUUGCUGCUGCCAAUUAUCCCUCCAAUUUGGGAUAGACUGCAGGGGUCAUCAUAUUUUUUCAUGUGUUUAUAUGGCAUCUGGAAUCGCAAGCUUCUUGCCAUAACUGCAAAGGCUAAUAAAAUGGCAACGUCUGCAACACAUUUAUUGUUCUGAGAGAACACAAAAACCAUCUGGAAAAUGCAAAUAUAUCAAGUUUAUUAAGAAAGGCAAAACGGAUCCUUUUUAUGCUAUUAGUACUAUUGGCUUGUAAUCUCUUGAUGCAGUUUAGACAUCACAGAGUUUCCGAUUUAGUAUUCUGCCCAGAGGAUGAUAUAAAAGCCACUAUUGAUUUCUAUUCCCUGUAAGCAGGCUUCAUCUCUAUGUAAAUUAAAGAUUCUACAAUGUAUUUCACAUUAAAGAUUAGUUGUCA